ACGAGGGAGGUGCUUCUUGAGCGUCCGCAAUCGCCCAAUAAAAGGGAAGCCCAGCUCAGAAGUCAAUCACAAGCUUCUUCGGCGCUGAAACAACACAAUCAUCUGCAAGAACCAAGGAGAAUGAUGGGUCAACAAAAAUAUUUGUCAAAAAUCAUCUUCUUCUUUGUGGUGGUGACUCUACUGAGCUGCUGCAACCCUGUCGCCAGUUUCUUCCUUCCCAAAGUCACUCGCACCAAUGACGCCGUCAUCAUCGAUUUUGAGGGCUCGGGUUACGCUGGUCCCAUCCAAAAGAAGAACGUCUACGAAGAAAUUGCCAAUCCAGCCUUGGCUCCUCCUCAGCCAUUUUUCCAUCCUUACGCCAUGAUGUUCCAGAAACAACAGCAGCAGCAGCACCCGAUGAUUUACUACGGUUGGCCUUACUUUUUCAGCCAGCCCAGUCCUAAUGUUCGUGCAGCAGCUCCUGCUCUUCCGGCAUCCACCAGACAGGAUGCCGAAGAAGAAGAGGUAGACGAGAAUGGCGUCAAACAAGCGCCGGUAACAAAUGCGACUUGCGGCCGUGGACCCAUGAGAUUCCCUGGAGAUCACCACCACCACCACGACCGUACCGCCAUUAGCGAAAGGAUCGCUGGCGGAGAAGAUGCCAAAAAGAAUGCCUGGAAGUUCGUGGUCAACUUGAAAAAUAGCGCGGGUACCUACUUUUGCUCCGGAACUUUGAUUAGCGACUCUAAAGUUCUACUGGCGGCCCAGUGUCUUGAACAAUUGUCUUUGUUGGACAUGUCGGGCGUGACCGUCUUGAUUGGGCAGACGAGCCUGACAAGCGUCCAAAUGACGAGGAGGAUCAACAAAGUCGUCCUGCACAGCCAAUACAAUGCUGCCAACUACGCCAACGAUAUCGCCAUCUUGACACUGGACUCGCCCGUCAUCGUUUCCAGGAGUGUUUCACCUGUUUGUUUGCCACCGGCAAGCGCCGACUCGGAUCAAUACGCCGACAAACGUGCCAUUCUGUUGGGAUGGGGAUCGUCUGCUGUGACAGCACCAAACAGCGCUCUUCAACAAGGCAAGGUUGACAUGUUGCCCACCGCCGAGUGCAAGUCGGACGCGGACAUUGGGCGAUUCGUUACAGAUUCAAACAUCUGCGUUAGUCCCACUGACGAAGUAUACAGUUGCAUCGGUGAUGUCGGCGGUCCAGUUGUUAUCUUAACGGGGCGAGGAACUUGGACUCAAAUCGGAAUCAACAGCUACACCAAAGAUUGCGGAACUGUUGGCCUUAAGACAAGAGUGUCAGCAUACAGGGCCUGGAUUGAUUUGUACAUGCAGUAAAAAACA